UUCGCGCGCGCGAGUUAUUUCGCCUUUUAUUUUUCGGUACCGUGUACAAAAUAUUUGUAUUUAACCAUUAAAAAAAAAAAAAAAAAAAAUGUAUAAACGUAAAAGAAGUCAUGACAGUGACAGUGAUCUAGCUCUCAAGGUAAAUAAUAUUGAGAAAACUCUCUCAAAACUGUUAAAACGCGGUAAUAAAUCCCCACGCUAUCGAUCCGACGGAAAAAAUCAUGCACGUGGUUCUCGGAAGUCCCCCUGUUUAUCGCCAUCAAGCAGCUCGGAUUCGGAUCGCGCCUUUCGCUCUCUCUCAAGAAGCCUGGCGCGGCGUUGCCGCCGCCGCCGUAGAAUCAUAACAUCGGAUUCUAGCUCGAGUGGAAGUGAGAAGGAAAAUGAACCAGAAGAUGGGGACAAUAUUAUCCGUAUUGACGAUAAUAACUCAAUGGAUUAUGGAACUGACCAGCACCAUGAAAAUGACAGGGAAAUGCCCUCCACAAGUACUAAGAAAAACUUUGACGCAUCAUUGUUUGGAACCAACGUUGCUAAGAAUAAAUUGUCUUUUGGUCCUCCUCUACAAGAAGACAUGGUUGAAACAUGGAAAAGUAUAGUGGACAAUGGGCUGGACUCAAAUGAAAAGUCUGAUUUAAUAAAGAAGUAUGCGACCCCUGAAAAUGCUUCGUUCCUUGGAACCCCCAAACUAAAUGAGUUUCUGGAAAGAAUGCUUUCAGAGUCCGUUAAACAGAGAGAUACCCGGUUAAUGCAACUGCAGUGCCAAAUAGGUUCAGGUAUAUCGGCUAUUGGACAGGCAAUCACCUCCAUCUUAAAUGAAGAGGGGGAGGGGGACAAACCCUAUAUCAAACCCUUAUGUGACGCGGGUCGCCUGCUUACGGAUGUUUUCCAUAUCGAGACAUCUGCUCGAAAAGAACUUGCCUGCUAUAAUCUGGAUAAGAUAACUAAAGAAUCAUUAUUAGCUGCCCCAACGGACGAAUGGCUUUUUGGAUGCAAUGUCGACAAAAGAUUAGAAGCUUCCAAACAGCUGGAACGAACAAUAAAAACCUUCAAGCCAGCACCUAAACCCAAGGAAACCAAAAGAGCCCCAAGGACUAAUUUAAACUUCAGGAGUCUGUCUCAGGACACUCGGGGGGGAUACCGAGGCAGGCGACAACAGUACCAAUCCAGGACCCUCCUUUAUACUCAGACUCGAGACCCUCAACGUCGCAGAUCUUACAGAAAAAUGGAGCCGAUGCAGACGGAGAAACGUCGUCGUUAGAUACCAAGAACUCCACACCCGCUCUGGAAAAAUCUUUCCCUGGUGGCCGGAGUCUUAUCGUGCAAGCACUACAAAAUGGAAAAGUCCCGGACAUGUCAUUAGAGAUCUGUACAGCUUCAAUAUCAAACUCGACAAACAA